UUCUAACCUAGAGGCUGUUCCAUCACUCCAGUUCCUAAAUCAGUCCAGGGUGGUAGGGGAAGAGGAGGCUCCUGGCCCAGCGUGCUCAGCCAGGGUCCUUUCAUCCUCAUCAGGCCAGGACAAGGGCGAGGAGAGUGAGGAACUCGCCUGGGACACAAGAUUUAAAGGGUGCCACAAACAGGAUCGUGCAAGUUCUUCUCCCUUGCUGUUCUGAUGAAGCAAGCUGCCAUGCUGUAAGCUUCUCUGUGGAGAGGCACAUGUCACAAAGAACUGAGGGUGGCCUUCUGCCAACAGCCAGCAAAGAAAGAACUCAGUUCAAUGGACUGCAAGGAACCCACUCCUGCCAACAACCAGAUGAGGAGCUUUGAAGGGACAAUACUCUACCAUCUGAGUCAUCCAGGCCAGCAACCAGAGGCAGAGGGUUCAACAAAGCAAGAGCGUGCCACCUUUCCGCCCAAGGCAUGACCAAGGCUCCAUGAUGACAGAGCAAUCAGAGGACGUGAAGGAUUCCCUGCCCACAGAGAGGAAGCAUGUGUGGAGGACGGCCGAGGAGAGGCGGAUGUCAGACCUCGCGCGGGUGUUGGAGUGGCUGGAGCGGAGGCAGGGGAAGAAGAAGCAAGCUCUCCAGAAGAACAAACCCAAGGUGGUGACGCUCUCUACAGCGCCUGUGAAGGAAGAAAAGAAAGCCAAAACUGUCCAGAAACAGCAGGGAGGGAACCAUCAGGUGGCGUUCUCUAAGCAGCUCCCCUCCCAGGCUUCAGGGCAAAGCUCCAAAAAGCACGGGGAAGCCUCCGCCCUAUACCGAAGGCUCUACAGAGCGGAAGCAAAGGGAAAACGCCUCAGCAGCAUGACCCCGGGCAACUACCCCAAGGAUGCACCUAGGAAAUCUGACUUAGACAUCAAGGAUGAAAUCACCCAAGAGUCCACUCAGCGCUUAACGCCAUACCAUCGACAAAGCAUCAUAGAACCCAUGUUACAGGAUGCUAUCUUUGUCCCACGGAAGUCGACCCUCUUGCGAGACUGGGUUGGCAAGAUGCCCGACGUCUCCUACGAGCGGAAGCUGAGGAGCCUCAUGGAGAAGGGCAACGAGCCCAAGACGGAGAUGGCGAGGAUGCUGAAGCCGGAGGAGGUGCUGAGCUGCCGAUACCUGAGGCUGUCCAAGAACAACAUUCGAACUUUGCUCAAGCUGUGCAAGGAUGCAGGAAUGAACGUGGACAUCCACCCCCACGUGGUCGAAGGAGAGAUAGAUGCUAAAAAGGUGUUCAACCAAAACAUCAGUGUAGCCCUCUAA